AUGGCUGCCUAUGAAAGGAAGUUCCAAAACUCCAGUCCCACCAGAAAAUGUCUUGUGGCUUCCUGUGUGGCAUUAUUUGUGCUUGGAGCGGUUGCCAUAGUGAUCGCUGUUGGGAUCACCUUCGGAAUACCGACGAGGUCUGCAAGUUGGACUUAUCACCAAUGCAAAACAGCGUCACAGCAACCAGGCUUCCUGUGUGAGGACCGCACGACUUGCUUGCUGCCCUCUCUGCUUUGUGACGGCAAGAUGGACUGUAGCGACGGUGGGGAUGAGUCUGCCGCCUACUGUGGCCAAGUGCCCAACAGUCUCCCACAAAACCUGAUUUUCAAGUGUGCCGGCCAGAAGACAUGGGUCUAUGUGGACAGGGUGUGUGACAUGAGGAAUGACUGUGGCGACUGCUCAGAUGAGUCAGGAAACCAAUCGUGCUUGCUGUCCUUCACCAGUAGUAGCCGUGGGAAUUACAAACACAGCGAGGAUAUGGUGGACUGUGCUGCUGACACCAGCUACUCUAAACAACUCCAUGGCCACCGCAGAGACAGUGCCGCCCUGUGGCUGAUGUAA